GUUUGUAUCCUCAGUUUCCAAUCGGCUAAAGUGUGUUGAGAUCAUGGCCAAGUUAUUGGCACUGCUCUUCCUAACAACGUUAUUUGUAUGUACACGUGUUUAUUCACUGAAGUGCAAGUACAACCAGUUCACAGUUGAAAAUGUGUUAGGCAAUUUAUCUUGCAUUGACUGCAGUCCUUGUCAUCCUGGAUAUGGCUUGAGUCCACAGUGUGGUAGUUAUGUUAAAUAUGGAACAAGAAUAGAAUGUAAACCCUGCAAACUUGGGAUAACAUACUCCGCAAAACAUAAUAUCGAGUCAUGUCGCCCAUGUGGCAUUUGCUCAGAUCAUCAAAAAGUAAUAGCGAAAUGUACUUUGGAGUCUAAUUCAAAGUGUAAUAACAGCUGUAGCAGUGGGUUCUAUUAUGAAGAAAUGACUGGUGACUGUCGAGCUUGCUCGUGGUGCUGCAGUGAUGGGAGAAAUAUUGUCAAAGACCAAUGCAAAAACAUGCCAUUUUACAAACAGUGUGAUGCCAAUGAAAUGGACUGUCAACCCAAAUGUCAAGAUGGUCAAUACCUCAUCGUGACAAGAACUGGUACAUACUGCAAGAACUGCAAAAACUGUCCAUCAGGGUAUUCACUUUCCCCACAAUGUGGAAGCAUUGUAGAAAACAUCAAUGAUAUUAGAUGUGUAAAGUGUAUUGCUGGAAAAACCUUUUCAGAAAAACCAGGGAAAAAAGAAUGCUCAGAAUGUACUACAUGUUCUGUUGGACAGAAAGAACUUGUGCCUUGUAAUAUGACCCAUGACAGAGUUUGUGGUGAAUGUGAUAAAGGGUUUUAUAUUGCAAAUGGUACCGAAUGCAAACCAUGUUCUGCCUGCUGUAACGAUGAUCAGGAUGAGCGUGUUACUGAAUGUGUUGAACAGAAUAUGCCAAAUAACAAACAGUGUAGUUUCACCCAAAGGGCUGUCAAUGUGUGCCAACAAAAAAAUGCCCUUACAGAUAGGACAAUAAUCCAAAGAGAUUCUCCUGCAUUUUUUAUUGUCAUGAUGGUACUAGGAGUUGUUAGCACAAUUGCAGUAAUGGUCAUCUGGAAAUAUGUGAAAUACCGUAAGUACAAGAGGCUACCAAGAAGUCAGUCAUUAGCCAUAUUAUUGCCAUCUGAGCAAGAAGAAGAACAGAGUCACUCAAUAACACUGGAGGCUCCAACAGCUCAUGGCUCACAAGAGACCCUAUGUUUUGAUAAAUCUGGUGUCUCAGUCCAAUUUAGUGACACAGAAAGUUUUUUUGAUGAUGGUCCAAGAGUUAAACUAGAAAUAUGUCGGAACACAGAUGUUUUAAGUACACUCCAAGAUGGUGAAGUUCAACUUAGUCCAGUAGUAAAAUUUCAUCCUUAUGGGUUGAAACUGUCUAAACCAACACAGGUCAGGAUACCACACAGUGCCUUGGUGUUUUAUAGUAAUGGGUGGGAUCUAAAACUCAAAAGCUCAACUCUACAUGAUGAAAGGACUGUGUGGAAAGAUGAAGAGCUAUAUGAAGUCCACAACAAUGAAGUUAGCUUCCAUGUGGACUAUCUUCUUACUUAUGUUGUUGUUGGCGUAUCACUUCACAAUAACAAACCAACAAAGAAGCGUCUACAGUUUGCUGUCUUUGGAGGAGAGGGCAGAGUUGGUGUAAACUACACAGCAUACAUAUAUGUUUUUGAUGACUGUGAAGCAUCACUAGAGAAAAUAAUGGAAGAAGAAAGGUCACAUGACAGGAUUCUGUUGGCUUCCCCAGAGUCUCUGUAUGUUGAGACUGUAUCUGAGACAGACAUCAAGAUUUCUGUUAAACAACCUGUUGAGGGUUGGAUUGUUGGAGAGAUAAAACCAGAGGUUAUAACACACAAGAGUUUGAAAGAAUCCUAUCAAACUAUACCAAGAGCAUUAAAGUUACCCAUUUUAUUUGCAUCGUUUGAGAAUGAAGAGUGA